GUGACGUCACACAUCAACAUGGCGGACUGGAACAGAGGUCAUGGCUCCGUGGAGGACCUGCUGGAUGCUGAAAACAAACGUCUGGCCGACAACCUGGCCACCAAAGUCUCCAGACUGAAAUCUCUGGCAUACGACAUCGACAGAGAGGCUGAUGAUCAGAACGAGUAUCUGGACGGCAUGGACUCAAACUUCCUCAGUGCAACAGGCCUGUUGAGUGGCAGCGUGAAGCGUUUCUCCACCAUGGUGCGAUCUGGCAGAGACAAUCGCCGCAUCCUCUGCUACGUCUCCAUAGGCCUGGUGGUGGCAUUCUUCCUGCUCUACUACAUGGUCUCCAGGAUUCAACGUUGAUGUGAAAACCAGAUCAACCAGGAGCUGGUCCUGAUGUGGAGCUGAGACUUUUGAGACUCUGACGUCAUAUCUGAUUGAUUUGAAUCAUCCCUGUGGUUUUCCUGCACAGGAGAGGACUUUUUAACAAACGAACAGGAAAUGGACAAAAAAACAUUUUGUUGAAUUGUUGAACUGACCAGCAAGGGAUGGUGGAAACAUUAGCAGUCAUGGAGUCUCUAAAAAAAAAAAAAAAACUGGACUUUGGCCUUUCCUGUUGCAAGCCAGGAAGUCCCAAUGUGGGCAAACACAGGGCAGAGCCUGAAUGCAGGUGCGCAUGGUACCCACCACAGCUGAGUGUGAUGGGCCGAUGAACCCCAGAACAUAAAGUUCAGUACAGACCAACUGUCUCAGUUCCAGACUACACAAUAAUUUAAAGCAGAUUUUUAAUUGCAGCUGAUCUGUUCAUGCUGCAAAAUUGCUCAAGAAUAUAUAUUACAAACUAAAAAACACAAAAGAGCGAGUUGAUGUGGAUGAUACUCAAAAGAAAUGAAUGAACAACACACAUCUGCAAAAAAUAAUAAUACAUUUUCAUUUUUAGUGGUGAGACAGCUGCAAAGAGGACUUUUUAAGGAUGUUUUGUAGUAGCAAAGCUACUUUUUCCUGACAGUUACUAUAGAUUAUUCACUGUCUGCCAAUUUGUAUGUAGUGUGGAACUGGGACAAAGCAGGUGAUGGUUUGACAUUUUAAUAUGUUAAAUAAUGGCUUCAGUUGAUGGACAGAAGACAGGGCUACAGGUAAAUGUUCACAACACACACUGUAACAUGAUUCAGUUUUUUAGUUUUUUUUUAAACAAAAACAACAUUAAAACACCUGUGUUUUUCAGUUGUGGUUCAGUUUACUUCAGUGUGUGUUUGCAGCUCAGCCUGUUUCUUCCUAAUUAUUAUUAUUAAAAGUUGGGACCUGUCCUGUUCAUGGUUUACAGCAACAUUUUGUCUGUAACGUGGGGGUAGGGGACAUUUAAAAGGGUUGAAAAGUGUUUAUUUUCUUUAUGUGUUCACAUUCCAGACUCUUGACUGCUGAUCAGCCAAGGCAGACAUUUAAUAUUUUUAUUAAUACACAUGCAAUAAAUGGUUUUAAUUGUGGAA